UUUUAAUUUUACUAUUUUGAAAUUUCAGUCCUUAAAACGCUCUUCUGAUGGCUCCAACAACUGCAACUUUACUUCCCACCAACAGGCAAAACGUCAAGUUUUACUUCCCCCGGGAAACAACAAUUCUAAUGGAGCCCAUAAUCAAGUAAAUUCGAAUAUUGCACGAAUAUUGAGUGCUGCGGGCGAACAACAACAACAAAGUCAAAAACAUAAUAAUUGUGGAACGACCACCUACGAAAGGAAUUCGGGAGGGAAUAAUACUUCAAACACCAAUUCUCCUUUGAGCGAUAACAGUAGCAACAGUAAUAAUGCCACAAUUCAUCUAACAACAACCCCACCUUCAUUAAUGUCUCAACAGCAACAACAACGUUCUUUCUGGCCUUCAAAUCCCCAACAAAUGCUGGGUGUAUUACCCCCAAAUCAUUACCACCAUUUCGACCAAAUAUCACUUGCUGCUGUAGCUGCUGGAUUUCCUCAACAACAGGUCCCUCAAUACGUGAACCAGUACCCAACAAAAUUUAUAUGUCCAAAAUACGAGUGUUAUUCACCCGAGGACGCGACUAUAACGAUGUCCAAUGGUUCUGAUCAAAUGAGAGUUGUAGCUAUUCCCCAGCAACAACAACAACAAAAUUCACAACAAAUUGGAGAUCAAACAGCAGAAAAUUUGUUGGUUCCCCCUUCAUAUUCUGACGUGCAAAAAGUUGUUUUGCAGCCACUUUAAAGGGGUCAACCUUCAGAAGGUCAACUCCCUAGGGGUCACUCCUUAUUGAUCAAAGGAUUCUAAAGGUCAACUCCCAAAAGGGCAAAUUCCCCUACUUUAAAUAUUUAGGCUGAUAAGGAAGGAUUUUAACGGGAUAUCGGUGGAGCGGAAGAAUAAAUUUUAUGGGCUUAAAGGACAUAAGACAGAAUUUUCUCGUGAAAUUGUGCAUGUCAACGUAUUCCAGGGAAUUUUGACCUUCUGGAUGGGCAUCAUUGAGUCAUUUGAUCAAUAGGGAGCUGAUCUUAAAGGUCUUCUGGUGCCCUCAAGGAGAAAAUUUUUUCCAAAAUUCACUUUUUUUUAUUCGUGCCUUUCCCUAUUUAAAAAACAAAAAAGUUUGUGUCUUUCAUACUCUUAAUUUUAUUUUUUAUUUUCCUCACUUAAUAACUUUUAUGGCCACU